UACAGUGAAUUUUAUACAACAGCCUUAUUCAAAUACUCAAAAAAAUCCUUAAAACAAAGCAAACAUUCAAUGACAAUUGCAAAAUAUUUUUAAAUCCUUUUAUUCAAGUAAAAUUGUUAAUUUAAAAAGUUGCAAAAGCCACAAAAAAGUCUUUUUCACCUGUUGUGAGUCAGGCUGUUGCGCAAGAUCUCACUGUAGGUGAACUUUUAAAGUUCCCGCCAUCAAAUUGGCAGCAGUGUUGUUGCCGGAUUUCGUGAAAUUUGGUUGGGGCGUCGCGAAUCAUUUGAGAAAAAUGGCAACAAAAGGCAAGGGAAAGGCUACUGCGGGACGCCCCCGGAAGAAGGCCAAUGGAUACGCGAAAUCCCUGAAAAUCCCCCUGGGGACCAUCCUGACGGAUCUGGAGAAGAAACAGUGGCGCAUCGGUCCGGCAAUUGGGAGUGGUGGCUUUGGGGACAUCUAUUCGUGUUGCCUCGCUGAUAAAGCGCCCCGUAGCACGGAUGACUACCAGAGUGUCCUCAAGAUUGAGCCGCACGAGAAUGGGCCCCUUUUUGUGGAGAUGCACUUCUACCUCCGGAACACAAAGACAGCAGACAUUGAAGCCUUCAAGAAGGGAAGGAAGCUGAAGAGUUUGGGAAUACCAUCACUUCUGGGCAGAGGAUCACACGAGCUGGAUGGGGAGAAGCAUAGAUUUGUGGUGAUGCCACGCUAUGGAUCAGAUGUGUGGAAGAUCUUCAUCAACAAUGGCCGGAAGAUGCCACUGCACACAAUCUACCGGCUGGCUAUCCAAAUGCUCGACGUCCUGGAGUACAUUCAUGGCACAACUUACGUGCACGGAGAUCUCAAGGGAGCCAACAUUCUCCUGGGUUUUGGCAAGAACGGUGGCUCUCAAGCCUAUCUCGUGGACUUCGGACUGGCCACGCACUAUACAACGAAGGAAUUCAAGCCAGACCCGAAGCAGAUGCACAAUGGGACAAUUGAGUACACAUCCAGGGAUGCCCAUUUGGGUGUUCAGACACGCCGUGGAGAUCUGGAGAUCUUGGGCUACAAUCUCAUUCAGUGGUGUGCCUCUAAACUUCCUUGGGAAGCUGCAGAAGUUCUCAAAGUUCCGGCAAAAGUUCAGGAAUCAAAAGAGAAAUUCAUGAAGGAUCUCGAUAAAUCCCUCAAGGCUCUCUUUGCGGGGGAUCUCCCACGUCCUCUUCUGGAAUUCAUGAACCACGUGAAGGAUCUAAAGCACGACGAGCAGCCAAACUACAAUAAAUGCCGGGAGAUGUUUGAGAAGGGCCUGAAAGUGUUGGGAAAGAAGAAUUCAGGAGAUUUGGACUUUGCCGGAAGCAGCUCUCCAUUGAAGAAGCUGAAAAAGGAGGAAAUUAAUGUAGCUCGACGAUCUCCAAAGCGACGCAGCGAUGAGGAAGCGGAAUCUCCAGUGAAGCGUCCACGGAAGAGGGCUACAACUCCCUCGCCUAAGAAACCUCCAUCUCCCAGGGCUGCUCCGAAAGUGGAAAUGAAGUCUCCAAAGCCCAUGACUAAGGCAGCCAAGACAAAGAAGCGCUACAAGGUGAAUGUGGAGCUGGACAUUAGCUUCGAUGCGGAUGUUCUGGUGAAUGUUCAGCGGAAGCCAAAAGCAACGGCUACCAGGAAGAGCCCACGUGCCACUGUGUCCACGCCGAAGGUUACCAGCGAGGAGGAAUGCAUUCCUGCAACGCCGGACGUAAGCCCGCGCAAGAAGACAUCCAAAUCCAAGGCGGGAAAAACUCUGAUCACAAUUCACGAGAACGAUUGAAGAAUUAAUCCGGAGAUUCGCUUUUUUCAUGAGAAUUUAUCGAAAUUACUCAAUUUUUUUCAACUAAAUCAUUCAAGUUAAAACAUA